GCCUCCGAGAUCCUGCCCCGCCUCUACCUCUCCGACUUCCUCACGGCCCUCGACGACAGCGAGCUCGCCCGACUCGGGAUCACCCACGUCGUCUCCGUGCUCCGGACCGCGCCGACCUUCCCCGCGCACAUCCGCACGCUGCACGUCGAGAUCGACGACAUCGCGACGGAGGAUAUCUUGGCCCAUCUCGCCGUCACCACGGCGUUCAUCAAAGAUGCCCUCGCGGAGGGCCCGAAUACAAAAGUGCUGGUCCACUGCCUGAUGGGCAUGAGCCGCAGCGCGACCGUCGUCUGCGCGUACCUGAUCGCGACGACGGAGAUGGUCGCGGACGAAGCCGUCGCGUUCGUCAAAGAGCGGCGGUCGAUCGUUCAGCCGAACCCCGGCUUCAUGCGACAGCUG